AUGCAAGGUGGUCUGCAGGAAAAAGUGGAACUUUCUCGAAGGACGGGGCAGGCUACUCUCCAUGACCAUAUUGGGAAGCUCACUAAGUGGAACAGAGCUCCAACCAAUGGCGAGCCAGAUGACGGGCCAAUCAGGAUGCAGGAUAAGUGGAACAGUGGGACAGAAGUGGAACCGAAGAUCGGCUCGCACAGGGUAGUACCGAAUACAGAGCCGGCGGUUAAUGUGAGAGGCCAGGAGCCCCUUACUGCCUCAAUGCUGGCAGCUGCACCCUUAAAAGAGCAGAAACAACUCCUGGGUGAGCGGCUGUAUCCACUUAUCCAGGCCUUGCAUCCGACUCUUGCGGGAAAGAUUACAGGCAUGCUGCUGGAGAUUGACAACUCUGAACUACUGCACAUGCUCGAGUCUCCAGAGUCCCUGCACUCCAAGGUUGAAGAGGCUGUAGCGGUGCUUCAGGCACAUCAAGCCAAGGAACUGUCCUGACGUUGGGGGUGCAGUGCUGGGGGAGGAGAACGGAUCACAUGACCUGAUUGCGUCAGCACUGAGAGCCCAUCUUACUGGCUAUAGGGCCGCCUGAUCCGCAUGCUUGCCUGUUUCUUGGCAGAAAAACAUAAAUUACACCAAAUAUAUAGUUUAAAGGAUCAGAAAUAAUUGCAAAUGCAACACAUUGCAGCACAUCAAAUGUGCUUGUAUUGUCCUGGUAAAUGACUAAAUCAUGGUUUAACCACUCACCACCUUCGAGAAGACUUUCCCGGAGACACUGCUAUAUCUACCAGACGUCUAGACCACUUGUUCGUGCUUGCUUCGGCAGCACAUAUAUACUAAAAUAAGAACGAUACAGGUUAGCAUGGCCCCUGCACAAAGGAACACUGUACUGCCUGUCCUGAUGCAUCCGCCGGAAUGUUGAACUCAUAGGCUUGGUGCCCAUACCUGACCGGUUUUGGAUGCUUAAACAGCACACGUGGGAGGGGUUCAGAGGCCACCAAGGGAGUGGUAAAGGUCUGAAUACUCUGCUCCAAGACCUCCCUUUCCUGCCUCCUUUUCCAUGCAAUAUAACAAUUAGUACACGUGCAGAGAAGGGUGGUAUAUGACAACAAUUGUGCAUGAACAAUUAAUUACUGAACCUACCAUUGUGAAAGAGUGCUGAUUUAACUCAAACAGCUGCAACCUUGUUUCAGCCAUAAGUCUGGGGCUGUCCAGGACUACAUCUUGUCCAAUUUCAUUUCCCACAUCUGUCACCCACGCAGCGGUGCCAGCAGGAUCACCAGCUAGCUUAUUGGUGACCUAAAGUACAUGAUAAGACGUAUCUUUAAGAUGGAGCCAUAGACAGAGGUGUGACGGGCCUUUAGUUCAGGUAGCCGUGUUAGUACGUCUUGAGCUUACAUUGACAGCAGCCAAGAU